UUCAGAGCCGCAUCCGCCCCCCUAAUCUCUUUCUCUCUCUCUCUCUGUCUCUCGUCGGCCACAUCCAAUCCAGUACAGACAGCCAUGGUGAAGUUUCUGAAGCCGGGGAAGGCGGUGAUCGUGCUGACGGGGAGGUUCGCGGGGCGGAAGGCGGUGAUCGUGCGGGUGUUCGAGGAGGGGACGCGGGACCGGCCGUACGGGCACUGCCUGGUGGCGGGGGUGGCGAAGUACCCGAAGAAGGUGAUCCGGAAGGACUCGGCGAAGAAGACGGCGAAGAAGUCGCGCGUGAAGGCGUUCCUGAAGGUGGUGAACUUCUCCCACCUGAUGCCCACCCGCUACACCCUCGACGUCGACCUCAAGGACGUCGUCACCCUCGACUCCCUCCAGUCCCGCGACAAGAAGGUCUCCGCCUGCAAGGAGGCCAAGGCCCGCUUCGAGGAGCGCUUCAAGACCGGCAAGAACCGCUGGUUCUUCACCAAGCUCCGAUUCUGAUCCUCAUCCUCAUCUCCGUUGGUACCCAUUUCACUCUCCUUCUCCUUUUCCCGAUUCUUCUUCUUCUUCUUCUUCAUCUUUAUCGUUGUCGUCGUAGUCGUCGUUGUGUUUUUGCGUUUGCGUUUUGGAUCGACUCUGUGGAUGUUAAUCGGAUGGAUAAUGUCAGGUUCAGGUUAAGCAUCUACUGAAGGAUUUUAAUUAUUAGGCUUUAUUAUUACUGCUCUUUACGGUUUCGCUGGAUCUGGAUGAUGAGUUUUUAUGUUAUAGUUAUUGUUAUGGAUCGAUCUAUUGAUGUCAAUCGGAUAAUGUAAGGUUCGGAUUAAGCAUCUGGUGAGGCUAUUUUUUGUUCUUC